AUGGAAAAAUACUCAGAAGAAGUAUUCGCAACUUUACUAUUCGAAGAUAAAAGAAAUGCUAAACCCAAAAGUGCCAUCUUGCGGCGGAUGAAUUUACGAAACGCAGCAUCGCAGGCGGGCGUGCGUUCGUUGGUUGGUUAUCAAAGAUACAAAUACUACUACGCAUUCUGCGAUGCAACUUUCUGUGGUGGUCUUACACCGUUAUUGCUGCUGGUGGUCUCUUUCUUGUCUAGCUCUUUUGCCUGCACAUUUACCGUAGCAAACUACUGCCCCUUCACUAUAUGGCCCGGUACAUUAGCCGGUUCAGAGACGCCGCAGCUCCCAACCACCGGAUUCCAACUGCAAUCGGGGCAAAGCCUGAGAAUCCCAGCUGUCUCGGGGUGGUCAGGUCGCAUUUGGGGAAGAACUGGGUGCACAUUCGAUGCAUCGGGCGUGGGGUCCUGUCAAACAGGGGACUGCGGGGGAAGGCUGGAAUGCGACGGCAUGGGUGCAACACCUUCUGCCUCGCUCUUCGAGAUAACCCUCGGCGCUGGAGAUGACAAGGAUUUCUACGACGUCAGCAUCGUCGACGGCUACAACCUGCCGCUCAUUGCGGUGCCACUCUUUGCAGACUUCUCUCUCUUCCCUUUGCAAUUCAUUUGUUGA